GGGGAGGUGGAGGGGAGGGAGUCCUGGACCUCACAGCUUCUAAGUUUAAGGGGACCCUGAGGUAUAUGAGGAGGGCUGACACUUCCACCUGCGGCGCUAGCUGGGCCUGCCAGAGGCAAAGCGACAAGCUGGGAAACAGCCCUCCCGGGGGCGCUGGGCUCAGAGGCCGCAGACGCGCCUGGAGGAAAGAUCGGAAGCCGGAGCGUUCCCUGGGGACCCACAACCGACUGGCCCAUUCCGCCCGGGUGGGAGCCGUCUGCGUGCUCUGCACCCCUGCUGUCGUCCGCCCUCCACCCCGCGAGCCCGGCCAGCGCCGGAGCGAGGGGCGGGCCGCGCCGCCAUGGAGCCCGGGCGGCCGGGCGGCUCCGGGCCCGCGGAGCCGGGGCCUCUCCCGCGUGGUGUGUGCGGCGCGGGCCCGGCGGCCUCGGCCUCCUCCCUGAGCGGGGCCGAGGCCCAGAUCCAGCGCUGCGCACUGGCCGUGGCGGCCGUGCUGCCUGCGGGGGGGAGGGGGGAGAGGAUGGGCGUCCCCACCCCGAAGCAGUUCUGCCCCAUCCUGGAGAGGCCGCUCAUCAGCUACACCCUGCAGGCCCUGGAGAGAUUAUGUUGGAUAAAUGACAUUGUUGUGGCCGUAACGGGAGAGAACAUGGACGCAAUGAAGGGUAUUAUUCAGAGGUACCAGCAUAAACGCAUUUCGCUAGUUGAAGCUGGAGUGACCCGCCACAGGUCAAUAUUCAAUGGACUGAAAGCACUGGCGGAGGGUCAGCCGGACGCUCAGCUCUCCAAGCCGGAAGUAGUGAUUAUCCACGAUGCUGUGAGGCCUUUUGUUGAGGAAGACAUUCUCCUUAAAGUUGUCACAGCUGCUAAGGAACAUGGGGCAGCAGGGGCAGUUCGACCUCUUGUAUCUACUGUCAUCAGUCCAUCUGCUGAUGGUUGCUUAGACCACUCGUUGGAACGUGCCAGGCAUAGAGCAAGUGAAAUGCCACAGGCUUUUCUAUUUGAUGUGAUCUAUGAAGCAUAUCAGCAGUGUAGUGACUAUGACCUGGAAUUUGGAACCGAGUGUUUGCAAUUAGCUCUAAAAUACUGUCACAUUAAAGCCAAACUUGUGGAAGGAUCACCUGAUCUCUGGAAGGUGACCUACAAACAAGAUCUGUAUGCAGCUGAAUCGAUCAUUAAGGAAAGAAUUUCAGAACAGAUUUGCAUAGUUAUGGACACAGAAGAAGAUGAAGCACAUGUAGGUCAUCAUUUUGAAGAGAUGCUAAAAAAUGAAUUAAAUCAUGUAAAAGUCACAUCUGGGUCUCUUUGUCAUCCUGGCAGAGACCUUCAGCAAAUCAUCUUAGAGCAAUGCUACAAUUUUGUUUGUGUAAAUGUUAAGACCUCUGAAUUUGAAGAAACCCAGAAAUUACUGGAUGUGCUUAAAGAGAGUAAUAUUUCCAUUUUGUAUCCUGUUGUUGUUAUUUCAGUGCAUUUUCUUGAUCAUAAAUCAGUACCUAUUGGUCAGGAAAUGGAAAACCUAAUGCAGAUUAGGGAAUUUGCAAAGGAAGUGAAAAAAAGAAAUAUUUUAUUAUGUGGCCUUCUCAUAUAUUAUCCACAGGAGAAGCAGAAACUACAGGACAGUUUAAGGCAAGGUGCCAUUAUUAUUGCCAACUUAAUCAAAGAAAGAAAUUCUGGACUCGUUGGUCAGCUACUGGUAGCAUGAAAAACACAGAGACAAUUACCUCCUGAGUUUUUAGAAAUGUUUACCUAAGUAUCUCUUUUGUGCUUCCUCUCUAUUUUAUGUGGUAGAAUGUUUAAGUUGUUUUAUGUCUUAUGAUUUGUAGAAUAUGAUGCUUGGGUUAUAAAAGUUGAUCAAUGUUUAUAUCUGUGAAAAAAAAUUUACUUUUGUGCAUGUCAAAUUAAAUUGCCUGAACUGGAAAAGAAUAAAGAAGUGGAAGGUAAUCGUCUCAUAAUCUUUUCACAAAGGCAUGAAAGAUCAAAUAGAUAUAAUGAUGAAUGAGCUAAUCCACCAAGGAAUAAGAAUUUAGAAAACUUGAACUAUUAUCUCUGUGUUAAUUAGUAAAUCACACUAUAAUGAAACUAAAUGAGAUUCAGAAUUAUUCUUAAUUCUAAAAUUGUCCUCUACCAUAAGAUAUUGUGUUCUGACUUUUUCAUAUUUUUUUAAAAAAAAGACAAUAGCACGGAACUCUGGUUCAGAUAUCUUCACCACUGGCCUCAUAUUGCUCUAAUCCCUAAUGGAGAUGUAACCUCCUCCUGGUUUUCUGUUGUUUUAAAAUUGGAUGUUUCUGUUUCUUUGGUUUACGAUACAUAAUUUUGACUCAUUUUAAAAGACCUGAUUUUUCUGAAUAAAUUUAAAAGAAGACUUGGAAAGCUUUAUAAAAAUAAAAUUAUUUUGAUCAAUCUUAAA